CUCCCUGCGAUAAUGGAGAGCUGGCUGCCGUCGACAAAGAUGCGAACCCAUUUUCCUUUCAGCGCUUUGUUAGCACGCGUAGCGAGUCCGCAUCUGAAUGCGCUCCAGAUAAUCGGGAGGGUUCAAUCGCUUUUGGCCAAAAUGUGUGCCAAAAUCGUCGGGAAUGCCUUAUUGUUGUAGGUGAUAAGCCAAAAGCACAAAUCGAAAGGCCAAAGUCUUUGAAAAUAAUUGCAUAUCCAAGCUCGGUGCCAGUGCGACAUUCUUCCCUAUGUGAUGACACGGAUGGCAACUACUCUUCGAGCAGCAACCAAGUAAAUGUUCCAGAGUCUGUCUGGCUUCAAGAACCUGUUGAUACAUUCUCCAAGGCACAGAAUCAUAUAGACAAGAAUGUAAUGGAGAGACUUGAAGAAAAGAACAAGAAGUUGCAUAGUGAGCUUGAAGAUGCACAGAAGACCAACAAAGAACUGUUGAAAAGAUUGGAUAGCUUGGGGGAACAGCUGGUAGAGCAGCAGGCCAGAGAACAUGAAGAAACUGCUGCCUUGGAAAGUAUGGUACUACGAGUGGAAUGCAGUCUUAAAGCCGCACUGGAAAGGGCAUCCUCUGCUGAGGAGGCAACCCGCAUUCUUAAGCAAGAAGUAAAGACAUUACAGACUCGCUGCAAACAGCUGGAGAUGCAGCAGCAAAACUUGUCACAAAUGACUUCUGACCUGUCAAGUAAACUACGGGCAGCUGCAGACUCGGCAGAAGGUUCCCUCAGGUCCCUGCUGGAAGGUGUCAACCAUCUGCGGCUUUAUUCUGAUGUGGUUGAGAGCUGGACCAAAGUGCACGAGGAUUCCUCAUGAUGAUUAGUUGAAAGUAAGAGCAAGUUUUGGAUAUCUUACACAAGUAUAGUUUUAUAACCAGUGGCUUUACUUUUGAGAGCUUCAAUAAAUGCAGCAGCACAAUCCUUUCUAUGUAUCCUACUGCUGAAGGGUACAUAAGCUUUGAAAUCGGAUCUUUUUCUGUGGGAAGAAUAGAAGGUACCUGAGAUGACAAACAUAUUACCAUAUUGUUCAUCUGCCUUACUUGGGCAAUUUUCUCAGCAUUGAAGUAAACAAACUUGUCCAGAGCUUGUUAUUUAUCAUUAGCAUGUUUAACUGGGCUAAUUGGUAGUGACUUAAUGCAUCCAUUCUUGUUUAGCAAACACCCACUACAGACCACGCAGAACAAGUAUUUUCCCUGAUUCUUUCUUUGGCUUAUGACAGUCAUGCUGAAAUGUUUUUUUAAGCAUGAAAAGACACUGUAAGCAAAAUCCUAGGAUGGCUUCCAGUGCAUGUGGUUAUCUGGCUUAAUCUACGUGACAGCGCAACCAAAUUCUAGAGGAGGAAAGACAAAAGCCCAUCAGGAUCCUCACUCCUUGGCCUUUACCGUAGUGUAGACCUAUUCAGUCACAACAGUAAUGAAGUUUGCUUUACAGGGCUUCUCUCGGGGCCCCAUUGCAAAUUUAGGUUUCACACCAGUAGUUGUAAGCUUUAAAACUUCCGGUGUUACAUAGCCUUGCCAAAAAAAUAUUUCAAGGAGAUUGAUUUAUCAACAAGGAAAUUAUGACCAGACUCCUGUUACCAUGCUACCAUAGGCAAGCUUCACUGCCAAAGUAAACAAUCUCACGUUUUGCCUUCACUAGCAUCCACAGGCUGUGUUCCUUCCCUUCAUUCUCCUAAGUAACACCUGAAGCGAGGAAGUACAUGUUCAUCUUAUAAGCCCCGCCUUCCCUUUUACAGUGAAGGCUAUCAUGAGGUCAUAACAGCAGUUGUUUUGGUGGCGUAGUUGUCUGCCGCCACCAUCACGGUCUGUAAUUGCUGUUGCGCACCAUGAGGAAAAA